AUGAAUAAAUUUAAAACUGCACUGAAGGUAUGUUUCUCUUUUAAAGGGAUAGUUAGGGAAAAUCAAGGUGCUUAAUGUUGCAGAGAAGCCAUCUGUUGCAAAGUCUAUUGCAACUGUGCUUGCUCGUGAUUACAAAAUAGAAGAAACCAAAUCUCAAUACAACAAAUUAUUCAAAUUCAAUUUUAAGUUUGGAGAAUAAGAAGCUGAAAUGUGGAUGACAUCUGUUACAGGACAUUUAAAGAAUCUAAAAUAUCCUAAAUAAUAUUAGAAAUGGGAUUAAUGGGAUCCUCUCAUUAUAUUAAAAGAUGCAGAAAUUGAAAAUAUAAUUCCUUAUGAAAAGAGUAUCAUAUUAAAUUAAAUCUAGGAUUUUUGGAAGAGAAUUUAUAACGUUUUGCAAAAGAAUGUAGUCAAUUAAUCCUUUGGUUGGAUUGUGAUAGAGAAGGUGAAAAUAUUGCAUUUGAAGUUCUAGAAGUUUGUAAGGAUUCAAAUCCAUAAAUUCAAGUACAUCGAGCUCAUUUUUCAGCAGUUACUUAUGUUGACAUUAAGAAAGUAAUUUAUAAUCAUCAUAAUAUAUUUUAGGCAUUAGAGAAUUUAAAAUAGCCAGAUGAAAAUUUAUCUAAUUCUGUACUUGCUAGAUAGGAAAUCGAUCUUAGAAUAGGAGCUUCUUUUACUAGAUUUCAAACACUGUUAUUAUAAUAGCAAUUCAAUUUAUCUUCAAUUAUUAGUUAUGGUCCAUGUUAAAUACCUACAUUAGGAUUUGUUGUAUAAAGAUAAAAAGAGAUUGAUUCAUUUGUGAAAGAGAAGUUUUGGUUUAUUUCAUGUGAAGAUUAAACAGGAUGUUAAUAUAAUUGGAGUAGAGGGAAUAUUUUUGAAGAAAUGAUAGUAUUAUUAUUAUUUGAAAGAUGUUUUACAGAAUAAGCAAAAGUAACUGAUGUGUAAUAAAAAGAAGUAUAAAAGUGGAAACCAUUUCCUUUAUCAACAAUUGAAUUUGAAAAAUUAGCUUCAAAAAAACUUAGAAUAUCUGCUCAUAAAGCAAUGGAACUUGCAGAAAAAUUAUAUAAUAGAGGUUAUAUUAGUUAUCCAAGAACAGAAACAAAUAAAUUUCCACCUACAAUUAACUUAUAAAAUAUUAUAAGGGAUCAAACUAAUCAUCCUGUUUGGGGAGAAUAUGCAUAAAACUUAAUUAAUUCUAAUUUUGAUUAACCUAGAGCAGGUACUAAAGAUGAUAAAGCUCAUCCUCCAAUACAUCCAGUUAAAAUGAUGUCUGAAUCAGAAGCUUAAACUACAUAAGAAUGGGAUAUUUAUUAAUUAAUUACAAGACAUUUCUUAGCAUGUUGUUCUAAAAAUGCAAAAGGAUCUGAAACUACAAUUAAUUUAUAAGUUAAAGAUGAAUCUUUUUAUAAAUAGGGUUUGAUUAUUACUGAAAAAAAUUAUUUAGAAAUUUAUCCUUAUGAUGAAUGGUCUUAAUAAUAAGUUCCAAAAUAUAAUAAAGGGGAUGUAAUUUAAAUUAAUUUAAAAGUUCAAAAUGGUAAAACAUCUCCUCCUAAACCAUUAACUGAAGCAGAAUUAAUUGGAAUGAUGGAUAAAAAUGGUAUAGGAACUGAUGCAACAAUUCAUGAACAUAUUAAUACUAUUUAAGAAAGAGAAUAUGCAAUUAAAAAGGGUUAAAUUAUCAAACCAACUAAACUUGGGUUAGCAUUAGUUGAAUCCUAUGAAGUGUUAGGAUUUACACUACAUAAACCACACUUAAGAGCUCUAAUGGAAUAAAGAAUGAAUGAAGUAGCAUAAGGGAUGAAAUAGAAAAAAGACAUAGUAGAAGCAACAAUUAAUGAAAUGAGUGGAAUACUAAAAGAAUUAUAAUAAAAAAAAAAUUUAAUCAUAUCCACUUUUGGAUAAUAUUUAGAAGCAUUAAAAAAUUAUGAUGAAAAUAAUGAUGAUGAUAAUCCAUAAAAUAGAGAAUUACCAUAAUAAAAUUAAUAAUUAUAAUAACCAUAAAGACGAAAUAACACAACAUAAUAAUAAUAAUAAUAAUAAUAAUAAUAAUAAUAAUAAUAAUAAUAAUAAUAAUAAUAAUAAUAAUCAAACUUUUAAUCAUAAUGUAAUAAAUGUGGUACAUAACUUGUAGAAAUUAAAUAAAUCAAUGGAUCAAUACUUGAAGUAUGCUUAAAAUGUAGAUAAGGUCAAGAAAAAUCUUAAAAUAAUAAUUCUUCUAACUACUAAUCAAAAUCUUUUAAAACAACCAAUAUUGAAGAAACUUUCAAAUGUAAUUAGUGUAAUAAUUAAAUGAAAAUAAGAUAAUCAAAAUUAAAGAAUACUUAAUUUUUUGGUUGUCUAGGAUAUCCAUAAUGCAAUUAAGCAAUAUUCUUACCUGAUUAUAUAAAAUCUAUUUAGAGAACAGAAAAAAAAUGUAAAAAAUGCCAUUCUAUUCUAUUUUAAACAGAAUAUUCUGAGAAUUCAACUAUAUAACAAAAAUCUUAGUUGCUCUGUCUAUAUCCUGGAUGUUCUGAAGGAUUGAAGACUGAAUGGAAAAUUCAAAACAAAGAAUCAUAAUAGACAAAUAUAAACUUUUCGAAAUAAAAAUAGGGUUACUUAUUAAAGUAAGUUUAAUGUAAAAAAUGUAAUGGUUUUGGACAUCAAGAAGAUGUGUGUAAUUAUAAUACUAAAACCAUGGAUUCCUUAACAGAUACCAAGUAAGAAUAAAAAAAAGAUAAACUCUGCCCUUCAUGUGGUAUAAUAGGAAGACAUCCCAAAGGCUCCAACUGUCCUCUGAAAAGAGUAAAGAAGAAAAAUGAAUGAACUC